ACAGCACCGAUUGUAAACGCCACAGCGGGUUAACGGUUCAGCGGUUCACGGAGGUCGUGGAGACGAGGAGAGUUUCAUUCGGACAAACCGAGAACGAGGUCAACAGCGGCUCAAAGACAAACAAAAUUGUCACCUUGUGUAGAGCGCCAGCUAGCCGGUGGUUAACGGAAAGUGUGAGUCUCUGGACACAGGGUUUAAACAGACAGGGGGCGAUUACUGUCAGGUGUGCUCCGAAGUGAACGGUUGUCGGAACAGACGUCGGUCAGACGCGGGUUUCGAAUGAGUCGCUGAGCUCCUCUUCAUUUCGAAAACAAUAAAUCAUUCAUCAAGGCGAGUGACGUCGACGAGCGGCGAUGGACUUCGUUGCCGGAUGCAUCGGAGGUGCUGCCGGAGUCUUGGUUGGACACCCAUUUGACACAGUUAAGGUGAGACUGCAGGUCCAGAGUGUUGAUAAGCCGCUGUACCGCGGGACCUUCCACUGUUUCCAGUCCAUUAUCCGGCAAGAGUCGGUAUUUGGUUUGUACAAAGGCAUUGGAUCCCCCAUGAUGGGCCUAACGUUCAUCAAUGCUAUAGUGUUUGGUGUUCAGGGAAACGCCAUGCGCAUGCUGGGACAUGACACCCCCACGAACCAGUUCCUUGCCGGUGCAGCAGCAGGUACCAUCCAGUGUGUCAUCUGCUGCCCCAUGGAGCUGGCUAAAACCCGUCUGCAAAUGCAGGGUACUGGAGAGAAGAAGUCCUCGAGGAAGAUGUACAAGAACUCCCUGGACUGCUUGGUGCGCAUCUACAACCGGGAGGGUCUGCGGGGCGUGAACAGAGGCAUGGUCACCACGCUUAUCCGUGAAACGCCCGGCUUCGGAGUGUAUUUCCUGGCCUACGAUGUGCUGACGCGCAGCCUCGGCUGUGAGCCCAACGAUCGCUACAUGAUCCCUAAACUGAUGUUUGCUGGGGGCAUGGCUGGCAUCGCCUCGUGGCUCUCCACCUAUCCUGUGGAUGUGAUCAAGUCGCGGCUCCAGGCGGAUGGGAUGGGUGGAGUCAACCAGUACAGCAGCAUCGCUGACUGUGUGCGACAGAGUGUAAGGAGAGAGGGCUACAUGGUGUUCACACGAGGCCUCACCUCCACGCUGCUACGAGCCUUCCCCGUGAAUGCAGCUACUUUUGCUACCGUCACCCUCAUUCUCAUGUACGCCCGGGGGACAGAAGCAGGACCACAAGACUGCGAGGCGGCUCAGCCGAGCCACCACGCACAGAUACAGCAGCAGGCCCAACCCUCCAGCCUGUGACAGCACAGAGAUCACACCCUCAACUUGGGUACUUUUCAAGCGCAUGGGAAGAUGAAAUCGACAUGGAACCCUUUGCCAGCCUGUCAUUCCCGGUGUUGAAUCAGAAAAAACAUGGUUCAUACAAAACGCUGGUUUUUACUCCAUGUCAAAAAGAAAACAAAGGAAAGAAGAACGUAUUUAUUUAUAGUAAUAAUUUAAGUUUAGAUUUCCCUAAGGUUUUAACAAACUUGUAAAGGGGAUGGUGUUACCUCUAAUAACAUGAGGAAAAUUGAUAUAUGAAACAUGGAAUUAGUGAAAGCUUUCUACAGCAUCUUUUAUAAACAUCCUUUCCACUGAAUUAGACUUGUUACUAAGCCACAACGCUGUCCGUGGCAGGGUAGUGUGUGCAGUGUAAACUUUGAAAGUUGCUAUCCCUAUUGAGUAAAUCUUGAAAUGUACAGUGUUUAACUGCACUUGUAUAUAAUGCUGAUUUUGAUUAUUCUUUUUUUAAUGUAUAUUGGAAACUGAUUUUCCUGCCUUAUAAAUAUCAAAAACUAUAUUUUGUGUAAGGGAGCUGAAGCACCUGUUUGCACCUGAACUCUUUCCUCCGAAGAGCCAAACAAACAAGCGGGAAGGAAUGUAGCACGUGAUGAGAUGCAGAUCGAACCACUUUUGUCUCCUUUCGAGCAAAAAAACAUACAGUACAUUGCAGCUAUAAUCCGAUCAUCACUAACGCACUAUUAGUCCACACAGCAUGUUAAUGCCCGCUCUUGACAACAAUCUCCUGGUGUGAAGGGCUCUCCAAGUGCAAAGUGUCUGUGUGCGAAUCAAAAUUUUAGAGUGGCAUUAUGGUCAUGUCUUGUUUGGUCAUCUGUUGUGUUGAACAAAAUACUGUGACGAGUUAUCAUUGUAACUUUACUGCUGUACUGAAGACCUAUUCCAGAGGGAGAACAUGGUGCUACACAUGGCACUGUACUCGCCCCACUAUUGUCUUUUAUUGUUAAAUGUUUUGUUUUUGUUUUUUAAAAUAUGAUUGUUGCAAAUCUUCUACAACUAAUUAUGAGCUGUGAAUAUAUUUUAAAGCUGCACCUAAUGCGGUUAUUGCAAGGUCAGAACUGCAUGCUAGGAGUUCCCUAAAUUUUUUUUAUUAAGUUAUGGGGUUUUUUGCUCAGUAUUUAUAAUGACCCUGAUUCAUUACAAUGUGGUUUAGUUAUCAUUGUGAAACUACUGUCACUGUCCCCCAGGGGCCACUGUAGGUGAUUUAAGGCAUUUAAAAUCUGAGCUUUAGAACUUUGUGGGUUGUUUUUAUUCAUCCGACCAGCUCAACAAAAACAAAUCAAAAUCUAUAUUUUAAAAAGAAAAAACAAAUCAGCAUUUGAUGGGUGAUAGUUGUUGAAAAGAUUCUCUGAAAAGGUGCAGAAAACCUUGGGUUACUGUUUUUGUUGAGACAAAAUGCCUGAUUACAGUUUGUAUACCUAUGGAAGAAAAUAAGUUAUUUUUGUCCUAAACUUGACAGAUGUUUUUUUUUCAUGUACCAAUAGUUAAUAUACUGCAUUUAACCAUCUGUGUAGGAGCCUAUUUGCUUAAUUACGUCAGUAUAUUAGCUACGUAAUCUACAGCUAUUAUUGUUAUUAUUGAGAGGGAAUUGUCUGCUCUCUGCAUGUGUGUGGUCAGUAUCAGAUGAUUUCUCUCCGUAUCUUCAGUCUGAAUGUUGAGCUUGCUCGCUGUAAAGCAAUCAGAGUUUCUCCCCAGUCAGUUCCCAGCAAAGCAGUAAAUCAUCAUCUCGGCUGAAGCUGUAAAACUCGAAGCGACCACGAUGGCUGCCCUCAUUUGUGUGUGAAACUUGUCUAUGAAAGUUUGGAGACCGGGGAGUCAAACCAGCCUUCAGUAUGUUGAAUGUAAAGGCCUGUUGUCACUCUCGGGUGUUCUGAAUGAAACAUGUUUUCUAUCAGUCCGGUUGCUUGGAUGCUAAAUGGUACUAGUUUUAAACGGUUCAGUGCUGCUCAGACACCUGAAAAUCUCCAGGGUUGUGUUGCACUUUGAUGGUCGGUGACAAUGAUAAAAAAUGUGGGUGGAGAAAAAUGAAAAGGAAUGGUAUGUAAGUAUAAGUUUCUUGGGUUCAAUGAUUAUUUCCACCUCAUGAAAAGCGACUGUUAGAUGGUGUGUGACAUCUAAGUUUCUGUAAAUGCUAUUUAACAGCUAAUAUUGAUUCCAGCUCACGUGAAAGAUGCAAUAUGUACAGGAUGUAAGUGUAUUAAUGUGAGAUUGUUUUGAAGUGACUGGUAAUAUUCGUAUGUAACAGAUUCUUCGGUCUGAAGUAGUUGUGUGGUUCCUAAGUGUGAGUUGAAGCCGCUUUUAAAGUCUCCGUUUGAUUAGUUUGAGUUCUAGCUGCUAAAUGAAGAGACAUGAUAUUUUUGUAAGAUAGGUACACACAUGUUUGUCUGAAUUUGUCACCCAUGAUCUGUACAAAUGGGUAAAUAAAAAUGAUUCAGCAGC